GAGGGUGAGUAACAGUUAACACAAGUCCUUAACUUUACCCAAAUCUAUAUAUUUGGAAUCGAAAAUGGUGGAAUAGAAAGCGUGAGAAGAGCAUAAUAAUCGAGGCUUUUCUAUUCCAUUCUUCCACCAUUAAACUUCAGCUUUCAAGAAUCUCCCAAAUGAUCCUUCUUCUGAAUUCUUUGCAGAAACGCCAUUAUUUUCUUCAUCUCCGGACUCUUGUCCUUCCCUAUAAACUCCCUUUCCUUAAUUCACCAUCCUCAAUAACGCAACUUUUCUCCUUUCUCAUCUUUCAGAAUUCAUUUCCAAUACAAUCGCAACUUCUGUGGUUACUCUCCAUAAUCCAGGUUUUGUUUUCACUUAAUAACCAUAAAUAGGUUGUAACUUGAAUAAAAUAAGUAGGUUUUAAACAUUUAAUCUAUCAAAGAAAAUGUUGUUAGUGGUGGGCAUAAGCAAUUGUCGAUUUUCAUAAUUGGGUUUCCAAGUUUUGUUUGCCGCAUCCUCUUUAUGGUAUGGCUUGUCGUCUUCCAUAGUUUGGCAAGGGAUACACGGGAUACAGUGAUUAUGAUGGGUUUUGAAGCUUGGUCACAAUGAUAACUGGGUUUAUGAAAAUUUCCCUGCUGUUUAUUUAUCUUCGAAGGCUAUUGUUAGAUAUUUGGUGUUUGACAGCUGAUUUUUUUUUUUUUUUUUUGUAAUUAAUAAGUAAUAUAAAGUUGUUGCUGAUUUCUUAUGAUCAUUUUCCAUUUCUUCACUGAAAUGAAUUGUGGCAUCAAUUCUUAGUUUCUUGAAUUUAUUUGAUGAUCCAAUGGUAAAUUUUUUGUUAGUUGUCAUUUUUUGGUUUCAGAAAUGGCUGUUCCUGAAGUAGAUAAGAACUUGUUGGAAAAACUGGAAGAAAUGGGAUUUUCAUUAGCUUGUUCAACUCGGGCGCUUCACUACUCUGGAAAUACUAAUUUGGAAGAUGCAAUAAAUUGGAUUAUUGAGCAUGAGAAUGACUCGGAUAUUGACCAGAUGCCUCUGGUCCCAGUGGACAUUGAUUUGGAUGAUUCUAAACCAUUUCCUAUUUCCGAAGAAGUGAAGAUCAAGGCUGAAAAACUGAGGAAUGGCGCGAGACAGUUCUACAAAGAUAAAGAUAAGGAUUUGGAAAGAGAAAGGGAAAAGGAAAGGAUUCAAGCUAAGAAGAUAAUUAUGGAGGCAAAGAGAAUUGCCGAAGAAAAUGCUAGAAAAAGAAUGAUAGCUUCCAUAGAAGCAGAAAAAGAGGAGGAAAGAAGAGCAAGAGAAAGAAUAUGGCAAAAGUUAGAAGCAGAAAAAGAGGAGGAAAGAAGAGCAAGAGAAAGAAUAUGGGAAGCAGAUAAAGAGGAGGAAAGAAGAGCAAGAGAAAGAAUUCAGCAAAAAUUAGAAGCAGAUAAAGAGGAGGAAAGAAGAGCAAGAGAAAGAAUUCGGCAAAAAUUAGAAGCAGAUAAAGAGGAGGAAAGAAGAGCAAGAGAAAGAAUUCGGCAAAAAUUAGAAGCAGAUAAGGCAGAAAGAAGAUCAAAGCUUGGAAUACAGCCUGUGUUAUCUUCCCCACCAGUGCAACCUGCGAUUCAUGCAAUACAGAAAAAUGCAGUGGAGGCUCCAAAACCUGUUAAAUCUACAAAGAAAGCAGAGGUUCUGAAUAACUGUUUACGAAGUCUAAAGCGCUACAAUAAGGACAAGGAGGCCAAAGUGAACAAGGCUUUUCAAACUCUUCAAAUAUACAUUAGAAAUGUCAUGAAUAAUCCUGAUGUUGAAAAAUUCAGAAAUAUAAGGCUUGCAAACCCAGUUUUCCAGGAAAGAGUUGGCAGUCUGACUGGAGGUGUUAGAUUUCUGGAGCUUUGUGGGUUUCAAAAGACUAAAGACGGGCGAUUCUUGUAUCUUCCUCGGGACAGAGUUGAUAUGAACUCGUUAAACGCAGCCAUGUCUGCUUUACACUCUGCUAUAACCAAUCCUUUUUAUGGAUUAUUCUCUACCUCUAUUGAAAAGCCAUGAAGUAAAUCAGCAAAGCCUAAAUCCCGACUGUUGUGGUAUAAGUUGUACUCUUGUACGGUAUGUGAUAAUUUAACAAACUAUAUUAAAAGUUGUAGGGUAGUAUGUAAUAAUGUAACCAAAAGCUAAUACACAUGAGGAAUUCUAUUC